CCCUAUACAGCUGGAAAAUACUAGUUUCAGGACAGUCUCAAUGAAAUCUCCUUUCCAUACUGAAGGGUAAUGUUUUCUUAACAAUGCAAUUAGCCCUUAGUAAGCCUAAAGGUCACUUACAGGGAACUUUGUCACCUGAUUGCUCUGACAGUGGGAGAGCGGGGCCAAAGCCUGGACUUAGUGGGCAGCGAAGACAGGCAUCUGGGAUCCCUUUCAAGGGAAGGGGGCAUUGACAAAGCCCUUGGAAAUGAAAUAGGAGCCUUCACCUUACGGAGGUGACUCUGUGCAGUGGAGAAAGGAGGGAACCGGGUCUUCUGGAGGUGAUGCGUAAUACGGAAAGAAGAGGGGAGAUACAGGUUGGGUGUUGGGAGGCAAGUGUUGAUUCUGUUGAGGGUGGGGACGCACUGGAACAGGUUGCCCCGGGACGCCGCCAUGUUGCUUGGGGGCCUGGGACCCACUCCGCCCUGGAGGGGGUAGGCGUGAUGUCACAGUGGGUGGCGGGGAGCAGGCAUUGUGACGCGCGGGGCUGGGAGCAGAGCAAAGGCUGCCGGGCUCAGAGCGUGUGUCAGUGCGGCCUGGCGAGGUGCAGAGAGAGCAGGGACUCUCCAAGUGCUCACCGCCGAUGCGCAACAUGUCCAGUAGGAAGCGGAAGUCCCCCGACUCCGGGGAGCAAGCGUGCGUGCUGUGUCGCCGCGCGGAUGUCAACCCGGACAUCUGCGGGCGCACCUUUGCCGAGAGUGACCUCUGUGUGCAUGAGUUCUGCUUGCUUUUUGCCAACAUCCGCUUUGAGGAAAGCGCCCCCUGGGAGGAAACUGUGGGCCUCCCGGUUGGUACCAUCAGGUGCAGAAUCAAGCAGGCAGACCAGAAGCAAUGCUUUGUUUGUGGCGAGAGAGGAGCCGCCAUCAGCUGCGCAGAGAGAGGCUGUGCACGCAGCUUCCACCUGCCCUGCGCCGUGGACGGCGAAUGUGUCACCCAGUUCUUUGGGCAGCACAGGUCCUUCUGCCGCGAGCACCGCCCGCGACAGGCAGUGGAGGCAGCUCCAUCCCAAGGCACCGACUGCGUCAUCUGCCUGGAGCCCAUGGGGGACAGCACGUCCUACCAGACCCUGAGGUGCCCAGCGUGCAAGCACACCUGGUUCCACCGCAGCUGCGUCCAGGGGCAGGCCAUGAACGCCGGCACUAUGUGCUUCCAGUGCCCCAUUUGUCAAGACACGGAGCAGUUCCGUGCAGAAAUGUCCACUCUGGGGAUCCAAAUCCCAGUCAGGAGACCGUCUUGGUGGGAUGACAGGACCUACCCAUCGCUUCUACGGAGGCACGGGCGCUGCGAUGUCAGCACGUGCCUUUACCCAGGAGGCAGGGAGCAGGAAGAGGCGGAUGGGCCCUGGCAGCUGCUCCUCUGCAGCUCCUGUGCUGCAGAAGGGACCCACCGACGGUGCUCCUACCUGAGCAACAGAGUUAACAGCUGGGAGUGUAACAGCUGUGCUGGCGUGGGCACCGCCUCCAGCAGCAACACGGAGCGCGCCGGCCCCAGUACUUCCAGCCAAGGGGCUCUGGAGCCUCCCCGUGGCUCCCAGGGACUGGAGAACAUCAGCUCCGGCCCCAGCAGCCAGGCAGCAUCGGGCCUACCGCAGAGAUCCCAGCUGCCUGAGAACAGCCACCUGCCCAGUGAGCCUGGGACACGGCAGAGGACAGUCCGCCCACGCCUCCCUGCGGAUCACGAGGCAUCUCGACACCGCGGGAGCGGCCGUACAACAGCCCCAUGCACCAGCAGCGGCUCCCGCAGCCAGUCCCCCUUGUCCUAUCACUAUCGGCCUGUGUAA